UAUUAAAAAAAGCAAAGCUUGUACUUUUGGCCCUUGCCGGUUUCCGUAGUGGCGGUUUAUUGGCUGCAGCCGGUCCAACAAAACAAACCAUCUCCACUAACUUGUUAACUUACCGGUCCCGGCGUUGCCAUGGAGGAGGUGACCCGCCUGGUGUCCACAGGAGACUGUGUGAGGAUCUGGGACUCCGGCUCCAUGGCGCCGCUGGAGCAGUUCAACCCUCACAGCAGCAGCCACCCGGUGGCUCAGGCCUGCUGGAGCUCCAACAACCAGUACCUGGUCAGCGCCAGCAGCAGUGGAGACAAGCUGGUGGUUUCCAGCCUCAAAUCCUCUGUGGUCCCAGUGGUGGAACUGGGCGAAGGGAAAAAGCAGACCAGUGUGUGUCUGAGUUCCUCGUCUCAGUUCCUGGCCAGCGGAGGUCUGGAUCACUGCGUGCACAUCUGGGACCUGAAGACCAAGAGGCUGCACCGCUCCCUGAAGGACCACAAUGAGGAGGUGACCUGCGUGUCCUUCAACGCCAACGACAGCCUCGUGGCCUCCGGGUCCACCAGCGGAGACCUGGUCCUCCACAGCCUGACCACCAACCUGUCCAGCAAGGCCUUCGGGCACGGCAGCAACCAGCCGGUCCACGCCCUGCGUCUGUCCCCCCUGAAGCGCUCUCUGCUGGGCAGCGUCUCUUCCAGCGGCACGGUGGUCCUGUGGGACUCCAACACCCAGAAGGAGCUCCACGUGUUCGAUGGCGCCCACAAGGCUCCGGGCUCCGGCCUCGCCUUCUCCCCCGCCAGCGAGCUGCUGCUGGUCAGCGUCGGCCUGGACAAGAAGAUCGUGUGCUACGACGCGGCCAGCAAGAUCGUCCUGAGGACCAUCCGGGUGGACGGCCCUCUGACGUCGGUGGACUUCAUGCCUGACGGCUCUGGUCUGGUUGUGGGCUCCACUCAGGGGAAGAUCUACCAGUACGACCUGAGGAACUCCAGCGCGCCCAUCAGGGUCACGGUGGCUCACAGAACCUCCGUCACCUGCCUCCGCUUCCAGAGCAACACCAGCAAACACAAGUCCAGUAAAUUGGGCUCCACCAAGAUUGUCAAGAGAUCUUCAAUCAAACUGUCAAGCAGCCAGACAGACCCCGCCCCCGGCACAGACCCCGCCCCCGGCACAGGCCCCACCCCCGGCACAGGCCCCGCCCCCCUCCGACAGGUGACCGGCACAGCAGGGGGUGCUGAUCCAGAGCUGAUCUCUUGGGAGGCUGCCGGUCUGCAGGGGUCAGAGCCGCUUCCUGUGGGGGAGAAGUUCAGCGGCGUUGGACGAAACAGUCUGGAUGUCUUCUCUCCUGCUCGGGAAGACUCUCGGUCCCAGGACUCGCCCUUUGGAAGGACUCACGUUACCGGUUUGGAGAUGCUGUCCAGAGAAGGGGAAGGUCAGCAGGUCAUCGGCCGGGCCAGUCUGGACAUCUUCUCCCCAGUCAGAGAAGAUUUGAACUCCCACCGUAAGACCCCCCUGGGAACGCCGCUGGUGGGCGCUGCAGCCCGCUGCUACAGCCCGCUGUCCGUCUUCCAGACCCCACCCCCAAUCAGAGAGGAGGAGCCAAUCCCUGCUGCUGCAGCCGAACCAUGUGACUCCAGAAAGUCCGACAAGGCCAGCAGCUCCAGCCUGGAAGGGGAGGGCCAGGCCACGCCCACAGUACCUCAACAGACCAAUCAUAGCCAGCCGGCCCCGCCCUUCUUCACUCCAGAUCCCAGCCUCAGGAGAGCCAAUGGGAUUCAAGCUCAGCUGAGCUACGAGUCUCCUGUCCAGAGACCUGCAGCCAGUAGCACAGCAGGUCCAGCUCUGUCGGCGGCUGUGUCCUCUUCUCUCUCCCAGAACAUCGCUGAGGUGGUGGGUCAGGGGGGAGCUGCUCCUCUCACGUCCCUUCAGAUCCACUUCAUCCAGAACAUGAUCCACGAGACUCUGGAGGACUUCAGGGACAACUGCCACAGGGACAUCGUCAACCUGCAGGUCGAGAUGGUCCGACAGUUUUACAUCCAGCUGAAUGAAAUCCACGGCCUGAUCGAGAAGUACUCCGUGAACGAGUCUCUGGUGGAGGAGGUGGAGCGGCUGAGGGAGGAGAACCGGCGGCUCAAGACCAACUACUGAGCCUGUGAUGUCAUCAUGUGACUCUUCUUCACACCAGCAGCACCAGACCCUUGAUUGGAGUCCUACAGACGUUCAAAUGUCCCGUUGAGUCCGUGGGACACGUGAACGCAUCUCUUGGUUUUUGUCUAUUAUAAAUAAAAAGAUAUGUUCCCUCCAGCCAGAGGGUGCUUAUGAGGCAUUGGUUCUCACCUUGUGUGCCUGUAUCAUGUUUAUAACAACAAUUUUGUCUAAAAAUUUAAAACAAAUAUUCAUAAUAAAAAUUAAACGAGAACUCC